UCCUCCUCCUCCUCCUCCUCACUGAGUUGCUGCACAGCUGGCAAUUUACGGAAAGCAACGCUGAAAGGAGUAAUUGGCUACUGGGUGGAUCGUUUCCCCGUAAAUUGGACCCGCGUUUGAUGGAGAAGAUGAUUUAGCACAAGUCCUGAGGCAUCUGUUUAUCUUUCUGUCUCAGGCGGUUCAAUUUAUGAACUUCUAGAAAUUUUAAACCCAGCUCUUUCACCUCCUCUCUCUCCACUGGAACCGCUACAACCUCCCCUCACUGGCAUUAUAAGAAGCUGAAAUAAUGGGACGCAGACAGCAGAUAGCGCUGAGCUUUCUGUUUGGGUUGUGGUUGCCGUGCUGUCUAACCCAGACCACGCCAGCAACCACAGCCAAGCCGACGCCAACGCCGUCCCCGUCCCCGUCCCCGUCCCCGUCCCCGCAGGCCCAGAGCGAACGGCUAAAGGUCAGACUGUCCGGAUACCCGCGAAAACACAACGAGGGCCGGGUCGAGCUCUUCUACAAGGGAGAGUGGGGAACCAUCUGCGACGACGACUUCUCGAUAAGCAACGCCAACGUGCUUUGCCGCCAGCUGGGCUUCGUCUCGGCCACAGGUUGGGCCCACAGCGCCAAAUAUGGAAAAGGCCAAGGAAAAAUCUGGCUGGAUAACGUGCUGUGUAACGGAGGUGAGAAGAGCAUCGAAUUCUGCAAGUCUCGGGGCUGGGGCAACAGCGACUGCACUCACGAUGAAGAUGCCGGCGUCGUGUGCAAAGACGAGAGGAUUCCCGGCUUCGUGGACUCAAAUGUCAUCGACGCAAAUGUCCACGAGAACACAGUGGAGGCGGUCCGACUCCGGCCCGUGGUUGCCAUGGCGAAGAAGAAGCAGCCCAUCACGGAGGGCGUGGUGGAGGUGAAAUACAAAGAUGGCUGGGCGCAGGUCUGCGACGUCGGGUGGACGAUCAAAAACACCCGCGUGGUCUGCGGCAUGCUGGGAUUCCCUCACGAGAGGAAGGCCAACAAGAACUUCUACAGACGCCUGAAAAAGCGAGCAGCUGAGAAGGUCUCCAGGCCGAAGGUUAAUGUUUCGGCCGGUGGAAGGCAGACAUCCAAAGCUAAAGCUAACACUAAGUCUAAACAGAGCAGCCCUGGCAAAAGGCUGUAUUUGGAGCGUCAGAAGAACUACUUCCACGUCCACUCUGUGGCCUGUACGGGCACCGAGGUCCACCUGGCGGCCUGCCCCCUGGAGUUCAGCAAGCCCAACGCCACGUCGGUCUGCAGCGGCGGCAUGCCGGCGGUCGUCAGCUGCAUGCCCGGACCUCUGUUCAUGCAAAACAGCGGCUUGAAGAAGAAAAUCAAAAUUUCGACCAACGUGAGGCUGAAGGGAGGAGCCAAGCUGGGAGAAGGUCGGGUCGAGGUCCUGAAAGACAGCGAGUGGGGGACGGUGUGCGACGACCGCUGGAACCUGCAGUCGGCCAGCGUCGUCUGCAGGGAGCUCGGCUUCGGCAGCGCGAAGGAGGCUCUCACCGGGGCCCGCAUGGGACAAGGAAUGGGUCCGAUCUACAUGAACGAGGUGAAGUGUCUCGGGGUGGAAAAGUCCAUCUGGAACUGCCCCUUUAAGAACAUCACGUCUGAGGACUGUCAACACAUGGAGGACGCCGCCGUCCGCUGCAACGUCCCGUACAUGGGCCUCGAGAACUUGAUCCGAAUCACAGGAGGACGAACCCGCUCCGAGGGCCGCGUGGAGGUUCUGAGUUCAGACCCCAACGGGACGGAGAGCUGGGGUCUGGUCUGCGGAGAGACCUGGAGCACCAAGGAGGCCAUGGUGGCCUGCAGGCAGCUGGGCUUAGGCUACGCUAACCAGGCCCUGCAAGAAACCUGGUACUGGGACAGCAGCAACGUGACGGAGAUGGUGAUGAGCGGCGUGAAGUGCACAGGAAGCGAGAUGUCUCUGAGCCAGUGCCAGCACCACAAAACCGUCAGCUGUCAGAAAGCUGCAGCCAAGUUUGCAGCCGGCGUCAUCUGCUCCGAGACUGCCUCCGAUCUGGUCCUGAACGCCUCCCUGGUCCAGCAGACCGUCUACAUCGAGGACCGUCCCCUCCACAUGCUGUACUGCGCCGCCGAGGAGGACUGCCUCUCCAAGUCCGCCGCCAAGGCCAACUGGCCGUACGGACACCGGCGCCUCCUCCGCUUCUCCUCCCAGAUCCACAACAUCGGCCGCGCCGACUUCAAGCCCAAGGCCGGGCGCCACUCCUGGGUCUGGCACGCCUGCCACGGCCACUACCACAGCAUGGAUAUUUUCACCCACUAUGAUCUGCUCAACGCCAACGGCACCAAAGUGGCCGAGGGACACAAAGCCAGUUUCUGCCUGGAGGACACGGACUGUCAAGAGGGUGUUUCUAAACGCUACGAAUGCGCCAACUUCGGCGAUCAGGGCAUCACCGUGGGCUGCUGGGAUUUGUACCGACACGACAUCGACUGCCAGUGGAUCGACAUGACCGACGUCAAACCUGGAAACUACAUCUUUCAGGUCGUGAUCAAUCCAAACUACGAAGUGGCCGAGAGCGACUUCACCAACAACGGCAUGAAAUGCAACUGCAAAUACGACGGACAUCGGAUCUGGCUCCACAACUGCCACACUGGUGAUGCGUUCAGCGAGGAGGCUGAGAAGAGAUUUGACAAAUACCCCGGACAACUCAACAACAAGAUUUCUUAAUGACAACAAACACACAUGAACUCACCAGCUCGGAAACCUUUUCUGUUUUCAGGUGCUAAAACAUGGACCCCCACCACAUAUCUCUGAUCUGUAGUCAUUAAAGAAACCAACAUUUCUUUUUUUUUGUUUUAUAAAUGUUUUGUACGUCUCGAGUUAUUAUACUUGAAUGUUCAAGUGUUUGUUUUUCUUUCUAGACUGAUGUGAGUGUGUGUUUGCUGCGUUUUUAUCACAAGUUAACACGUUGUGAUGUGCACCAGCCUCCUGUUGAAUGUCUUAAAAGCAGUUUUAUCUUUGUUUUUUUUUUUAGCAGGUUCAUAAAUAAAAGAGGAAGGAAGUGAGAAAAUCUGAGAAAAACAUAGAGAAAGAGAUGCAGCUUCAUGAAAGUCAGAGAUCAUCGGUGAGUUAGCUUAACGGCUAAAGGUGGAGGAGCCGCAGUUACAGUUUUUGAAUGUAUUUAUUGCCAACAUGAAGGCGCUCAAAGAAUAAAAAAUAAUAAAAAAAAACUUUUAAUUAUCAGUUAAUGUAAAUCCAAAGUGUUUGGGAAACUGUUUAUAGCUUUAGUCUGUUGCUGAAUGUAUUCUGAUGUAAUCAAACUCCGCUGCACCAAAUAAAACAGAGAGGAAAGUUAUUCUUCUA